GGGUAGUGUAGUACAUCCAGUGUGGUAUAUAUAGCCGAGGAAGACGUCUACGCGCUCUCUUUACUGCUGGUGCCUGAGCGAGAUAGACGUGACUAAGCCGCCAUGCCCGUCGCUAGGAGCUGGGUGUGUAGUAAGACGUACGUCACCCCCCGCCGGCCCUUCGAGAAGUCCCGCCUGGACCAGGAGCUCAAGCUCAUCGGUGAGUAUGGUCUGAGGAACAAGAGAGAAGUGUGGAGGGUGAAAUUCACCUUGGCCAAAAUCCGCAAGGCUGCCAGAGAGCUGCUGACUCUGGACGAGAAAGACGCCAGGCGCCUCUUUGAGGGUAACGCUCUUCUGAGGCGGCUGGUGCGUAUUGGUGUGCUGGACGAGGGCAAGAUGAAGCUGGAUUACAUUCUGGGUCUGAAGGUUGAAGACUUUCUGGAGCGCCGUCUGCAGACUCAAGUGUUCAAGCUGGGUCUGGCCAAGAGCAUCCACCACGCCAGGGUCCUGAUCCGCCAGAGACACAUUCGCGUGCGCAAGCAGGUGGUGAACAUCCCGUCGUUUGUGGUGCGGCUGGACAGUCAGAAGCACAUCGACUUUUCCUUGCGCUCACCAUAUGGUGGUGGCCGACCUGGCCGUGUCAAGAGGAAGAACGCGAAGAAGGGCCAGGGAGGUGCCGGGGGUGGAGAUGAUGAAGAGGAGGAUUAAACCAAACCUGUGGGGG